UUUGCAGAUGACAACGAAUGCCAAAAUGCCACCUACAUCUGCGGAGAUCAUGCCAACUGCACAAACACCAAUGGAAGCUAUUACUGCAUGUGCGCCCCUGGCUAUGUUUCAAGCGGCCUCCAGAGAUUUAUGACCAACGACGGGACGUAUUGCCAUGAUAUAGAUGAAUGCCGUGAAAACAAGUGUGGAGACAACGCGCUGUGUGAAAAUACUGCCGGAGGGUUCAACUGCUCGUGCCUUGAAGGUUAUCAGUCGUCCUCAGGAAGCCUGUACUUUCAGCCAGACGACGGGACUUACUGUCAAGAAAACAUAAAGAUUAAAUGCCAUUUGGAUUAUAGCUGUGUAUCAGCAAACAUUAAUCAGACAAUUAUCAAGGUCAACACUAUCAAAGAACCAUUUGCUAUUCUUAAAGAAAUUCAGAAGAGCACGAUGAAAGAUAUUCUACCUGUUGAUAUAAUUGCCUAUGUUGAAGUACUUGCAGCCUCCUCUCCACAACUGUCCACAUUAAAUAAGACAGCGCUGAACCCAGAAACCUUGACAAAUGCCACUCUUACGACUUUUGUUAACACCGUGAACAACUUUGUUGAAAAGGAUAAAAUUACAGUUUGGAAAAAGCUGAAAGACGAGGACCGGAGAAAAAGUAUCACAAAACUCCUACACACCACAGAACAAUUGGCUCUGGAUAUGUCACAGAAUUUCAAGAAAACAACGCAACUGGAUGUUGAUGCCAGCGAUAUGGCUCUCAAACUGUUUACCUUUGACUCUAACCACAUGAAACACAUUCACCCGCACGCCUUUAUGGAGGGAGAUUACAUCAAGAUUUCUCCAAAGAAAAAGGAAACUUCACCGCCUAAUGGCACAGUGAGCAUUGUAUUUCUCCGAUAUGACAGCAUUGGUGCACUCUUUGCAGCUCCAGAAAACCACGCUCUGGCAGAAGAUAAUAAUUCAAUGGAGUUUGGUAACCUGGUAAACUCACCGAUUAUUGCGGCAGCAAUCAAUUCCAACCCUCCUACACUCUACCAACUAGAAAAAGUCACAUUCACGCUUAGACAUUUAGAGGUAAGUGAACCUGAAACCGCAAAAUGUGCAUUUUGGAAAUACAGUGUAGAAACUCUUCAGGGGGAAUGGUCUACUGAAGGCUGUGACGUGGACAAUGCCAAUGUUAGCCACACAUCAUGCAAGUGUAACCAUCUCACUCAUUUUGCUAUACUGAUGACAUCAUCCAGUCAUAACCAGGUGUCCAUUUAUCACAGCGUCCUGACCAGGAUCACUCAGCUGGGGAUCAUCAUCUCCCUGAUCUGUCUCUCCUUGUGCAUCUUUACAUUCUUCUUCUUUAGUGAAAUCCAAAGCACCAGGACGACCAUUCAUAAAAAUCUCUGCUGUGCUUUAUUCCUAGCUGAGCUGCUUUUCCUCAUCGGUAUCAAUAUGACCAAAAAUCAGGUGCGUACUCUUUUUGAAAGUUCAAUAAAGCCAAAAUCACAUGGUGAGAAAAAGGUACAAUCUAGUCGAAAUUGA